AUGGUCAACUCGAGAGACUUGUCUUGGCUAUUUGAGGAACAGCCAGGCCGAUAUUGGACGAACAGUGCGCGAACGGUUGAGAAGGGGGCGCCAUGCAGUGAGCACGGUUCUUGUCAGAAGCUUGUUAGAUGCGGGAGGCGUUUGAAGUUUGGAACUGGCAACGGGCGGCGCUGGGGAAACCCACAUAAAGAGGCGGACAUUUCGGUAUGUGGGCAAAUCGGACCACGACCGGGGCAGACAGGUCGAGAGUGGUAUUCUAGAGUCUCAAGUGAGAUUCUGGAGUUCCAAAGUGGUAUUAUUGGAGCAAUAUCUGGAGUGUGGAUGGUAGGCGACGCCGAGCAUGCGUUGCGCGUGAGCUCAAUUUGGCAGAAUGCGGAGCGACAGGCUGGCUGUCCCACAUGGCCGCGUCCCCUGUCAGCUGGGGAUGAUGACUCCACCAACGUCUGUGGCUUGAUUCUUAUUCGUCCAACAUGGGAAAAAGAAUAUGCAUGGGGUGGUGAGGGAAUGAUGCAGGAAAGCGGAGAGGAGGCAAGAGGACAAAGAGGAUGA